GUGGGCGGGGAAGUGGACCUCUCCGGCGCCUUGGUCGUGUCGGUGCUGACGGCGACUAACACGCGGUGUGCUGGGCUGUUUUCGCUUGCCCUGAGACUCCCGAGAAGAUGCCGAAGGCUAAGUCCGCGGCGAGUGGCCGCCGGCGCGAGCGGCUGGAGCAGAAGCGGGAGCUGAGGCGGGCCGGAGGACUCAUGUUCAACACAGGGAUUGGACAGCACAUUUUGAAAAAUCCUCUAAUUGUCAACAGCAUUAUCGAUAAGGCUGCGUUAAGACCUACUGAUGUGGUGCUAGAAGUUGGGCCUGGGACUGGAAACAUGACCGUCAAGCUGUUAGAAAAGGCCAAAAAGGUAGUUGCCUGUGAACUUGAUCCAAGGCUAGUAGCUGAACUUCACAAAAGAGUUCAGGGCACGCCUCUGGCCAGCAAACUCCAGGUCCUGGUGGGAGAUGUAUUGAAAUCGGAUUUGCCGUUCUUUGAUGCUUGUGUGGCAAACUUGCCGUAUCAGAUCUCCUCUCCGUUUGUCUUCAAGCUGCUGCUCCAUCGACCAUUCUUCAGAUGUGCUAUACUUAUGUUUCAAAGAGAAUUUGCUCUUCGUUUGGUUGCAAAACCUGGGGAUAAAUUAUACUGCAGACUCUCCAUUAAUACACAGCUUUUAGCACGUGUGGACCAUCUAAUGAAGGUGGGGAAGAAUAACUUCAGACCGCCCCCCAAGGUAGAGUCCAGCGUUGUAAGGAUAGAACCUAAGAAUCCACCACCACCUAUCAAUUUUCAGGAAUGGGAUGGCCUAGUAAGGAUCACUUUUGUUCGGAAAAACAAGACACUGUCUGCUGCAUUCAAAUCAAGUGCAGUACAACAGCUGUUGGAAAGAAACUACAGAAUUCACUGUUCAGUACAUAAUACUGUAAUACCAGAAGAUUUCAGUAUAGCAGAUAAAAUACAGCAAAUCCUAACCAGCACAGGUUUUAGUGACAAACGGGCCCGUUCCAUGGACAUAGAUGACUUUAUCAGGUUGCUACAUGGAUUCAAUGCAGAAGGCAUCCACUUUUCCUAGCCAUUUGAAAACAGGCUUUUUCCAAGACCAAGAAAAAAAUGAAAUUAUAAAUCCCUAUUAUUAUUAUCCAUGGUCAAAGUGGUUAAUUCUGCAUAUUCUUAUUUUUGUUUUAAAUAUACUACAAAGAGCAGGGUUCAAUAGACAUAACCAUUUUCAAGUUUAAAAGCCGCAGAUACGCACAACCAUACACUUAAACUUUCUAACAAUUUAUUGUAUAAAGAUGUUACUGUGUUAUGGACUGUGAGGCCUACUUUAGGCCUGCAGCUCGGUCACCCAGUCACAAAUCCUCCUCAUUCACAUGUACAGUACGUUACUUAACACGACUUUCCUUUAAACACCCUCUUCAUCCUAGACAGUUUUCAUGUAUUAAUGCCAUCUUUGUUAGAUGACCUGUUGCAACACAGACAACAGUACAAUUCUGGAUAAGCCAGAGGCUGCUGCAGUCACAUAGUGCAGGCAUGUCCUGUAUGACUCUACCUGUGAAAUGCAGACGCGUAGAAAGAAGCUAACUAUAAAGUCAUGUUAAGUCUGUUUUCUUGGGGGAGACAAGAUCUAUAGAUUUCAGAUUUAGAAAAAUCCCAGAGUUUAUAAGUGAAAUGGGUUUUAUUAAAUUGGUUGAUUUUCUUUCUUUCAUGAGAGGAUCUUUUUCUUUUUUUUAACAUCAACUUUAACCUCAGAAUCUUGCCUCAGCCUUCUAAAUGCUGGGAUUACAGUUGUGUACCACUGUAUGUGGUUUCAGUUUUCAGCUUUUUAAAAGAAAAGCCGUUUACCCACAACUACAAGCUCCUGGUUAUUCCUUAAUUCUGGAUAAUUAAAAUUCUAGUACCUGGUGUUUCUUUUUAUGCUAUUUAAAAUUUGUCAGAUUGAAGAUUUUAUGCUGCUUAUAUAUUUUAAUAAAUUAGCUGUUUUAUUUAUAUAAGGAAACUAUCUUCAUUGGAUAUCUGGCUCUCUUUGUGCCCAAAACUUAAAAUGAAUGCUUCUACACUUAAGAAUAUAAAUUGUUUGCCUACCUAGAUAUUUUUUUCCCCCAAAAUCUGGCUUAAGAGUCAUAUAGUAAAUGCUAUAAUGAUAUGAAUAACUUAGCUAUGAAUAGGUAAAAUGUGUAGCAGCCUUUAAAUUCAGAAAGGUCUAAAGAAUAUUUAAAACAAAACAAAAAGACUUUGCUGCAAAAGCUACUUUUGCCACACGAAUAGUAACUAUUCUUAAGGGUUAAUUUUCUUUAAUGUGACAGAACUAUUUUGUUGAGUUCACCAUCUCUACCUCGAGGGAAACAAUCCCACCUAACUAGGCUUUUUUAGCUUGUUUCCCUCGACUCUCAACUGCUGCGCUUUAGUCCCCUUUACUGGUUGGUCUCAGUUUUCCCUCUGUAAAAUUGAAUCGUAUUUUACCUCCAAAGAUAUUUGCUAGUACUAAUUUUCAAGUACACUGACUACGGAUUAAGAUGAAGCUAGCAUAAGGCAGCAUCUAUACAUAUAAAAAGACCCUCCAAAGAUAGUACCUAUCCAGUGCCAGUAACAUUAAACCUAAAAAUAGAUCUAUAAAAGACCUUCCGAAGAUAGUUCCUGUCCAGUGCCAAUAACAUAACAUUAAAGCUUUGUGCUUAAUGAGCAAGUUCGUGUCUUUAUUGCCCAUUACCUAUGAGGUGUUCUCAAAAUUUACCCUUUUAUUGGAGAUAAGGUCUUUCUACAAAGGUCUGGCUAUCCUGGAACUCACUAAGUG